ACAGGAAUGGCAGGUGGUACAGGAGUGGCAGGUGGUGAUACAGGAACGGCAGGUGGUGAUACAGGAAUGGCAGGUGGUGGUACAGGAAUAACAGGUGGUGGUACAGGAGUGGCAGGUGGUGGUACAGGACUGGCACGUGGUAUAAAUGAAGAGAACAUUCUGGAUACCUGACUCUCACCUUCAGCAUUACACUACAUUGGUCAGAAAUUCAAAUAAAUUUAUGUUUUAUAAACCUUUAUUUUUAUUUGUAUAGGUGUCUGAAUGUAUAUCUGUGCACCAAAUUUGUCCAAUGUGUGCACCCAUGGGACCCAUUGGAUCCCAUGGGACUGGAGUUAGACAUAGUUAUGAGCCACCACGUAGGUUGUGGGAGUCGAAUCAGGUCCUCUGGAAGACCAACCGGUGACCUUAAUUGUUGGGCCACCUCCCCCCAGCCCAUGUUUAUCUCACUAGGAAGGCUGUAAAGAUCUGCAGUAAUGUUUUAUAACGAUCAAAGAUUAUUCUUGACUGUCAGUUACCCUGGUCCGUUUCCCUAGGGGAGGUUUUAGACAGGAACCUGAGACAUACAUUACCUGCUUCUACUGUCAGAUUUUUACCUUCAAGUGAGAAAAUUGCCCUUAUGGAAACAAUGCUGCUAGUAAAUACAAAAUAACAAGCCAGAUUUCUGGGGCUUGCCAUCACCCCAAAGGUCACCCCAAACUGUACAUUUUGUGUACAGUUGCAUUAACUUUUCUGAUUUUCCAGUUGUCUGUUAGAUAGGCUUCUUUUUACGUUGAUUCUACAGGCACAGUCUAAGUUUUGGCCAGGUAUCCCCAACAUCACCAGUUGCUUGGAAACCUAGAGCCUUAAAGAAUGGUUCUCCUAGUCCUAGCCUGCAAGUUGGGAACUCUCAUAGCUCUACUAGAGAAGUGAGCCGAGGCAGAACCAGAAUUAGACCAUAUCCCAUGUGCACAGGCCAAGAUCAGGACACGGCCAGUGUCUAACAAACACAAAGAAUACUGUAAGGAAUUUUUAUGUCUUUGAAACUGAUGGGAAAGGAAGAGACUCCUGCAUGAGACAGAACCCCAGCUAAGUUCUUACACUAUUUUAUUAGUACAAGUUCCACACUUGAAAACACAAGCAGUCUCACCCUUGCCCGGGGUCUCUCAUUAACUGCUGUGGUGAAGGUUUGAGUUUAGUUUCCCACUUUUGCUGACCUGAGAACUGGAGGGAAACGAAUGAACAGGGUGUUAGUACAAGUGUGCGUAACUACAUGCUAAGUAGUGCAGCUUAAACAUGUUAACGAGCACCACUGGGGGAUCCUCAGUUAUUGUGGUGGACCACAUACCAGCUCCCUCAGUAUCUGCUACUUCCUGGAAAGCCUCGGCACCAGCCUAUGGGGUCAGAGCCUGCAGUACCACGUGGUCUCUGCGCUGGCGGUUCAGUACCACGUGGUCUCUGCGCUGGUGGUUCAGUACCACGUGAUCUCCGCGCUGGUGGUUCAGUAGGCUUGAGCAGCACUGACUACUCACCUUCUGAUUUUGACCUCCCACACUGGCUCCUGGGAGGAUGCGUUACUUUUCUUGAGCUAGGAAACUUGAGAUGGCUGAAUUCCUUGACCAGAAGUGCGCCCCUUCCCAAUGACUCGCAGGCUCGCAGCGGGGCUCGGUUUCACACGUCCUAUGACAAAAGAUACGUCAUCAAGACCAUUACCAGCGAGGACGUGGCAGAGAUGCACAACAUUCUCAAGAAGUACCACCAGUAUAUAGUGGAAUGCCAUGGGGUCACCCUCCUUCCUCAGUUCUUGGGAAUGUACCGGCUUAAUGUCGAUGGAGUGGAAAUAUACGUGAUUGUUACGAGGAACGUGUUCAGCCACCGUCUCUCUGUGUAUAGGAAGUACGACCUGAAGGGCUCGACGGUGGCUAGAGAAGCUAGUGACAAAGAAAAGGCCAAAGAGCUUCCAACUUUAAAGGACAAUGACUUCAUCAAUGAGGGCCAAAAGAUUUAUAUCGAUGACAGCAACAAAAAGAUAUUCCUGGAAAAACUGAAAAAGGAUGUCGAGUUCCUUGCACAACUAAAACUCAUGGACUACAGCCUCCUGGUGGGGAUUCAUGAUGUGGAGCGAGCAGAGCAAGAGGAGGUUGAGUGUGAGGAGAACGAGGGGGAAGAAGAAGGAGAGAGUGACGGUGCCCACCCCAUCGGGACGCCACCUGACAGUCCUGGAAACACACUCAACAGCUCACCACCCUUGGCUCCUGGCGAGUUCGACCCAAACAUUGAUGUUUAUGCAAUUAAAUGCCAUGAAAACGCACCUAGGAAAGAAGUGUACUUCAUGGCGAUUAUUGACAUUCUCACUCAUUACGAUGCAAAAAAGAAAGCUGCCCACGCUGCGAAAACUGUAAAACACGGCGCUGGAGCCGAGAUCUCGACCGUGAACCCAGAGCAGUAUUCAAAGCGCUUUUUGGACUUUAUCGGACACAUCUUGACGUAACCUCCUGCAUAGUCCCGGAUGGGCACGAGCUCGGGAAGGCUGGUGGCGGCUUCGGUGUAGGAAUAAAAAAAAGGAAAAUGGAACUCCACGAAGCACUCACCUUGCAGGAAGCAAACCCUUGUUUACAUCUUCAAGCCGGGAUGACUGAAGUUGGGGGCUCCUCGCUUUAACAGCUACCCGAUAUUUCCCAGCGCCGCCGCUACUUCUGACUCUGUGUGUGCGCUCGCUCGCACUCGUGUGUGUGCACACACACGGGCGCACUCUCUCUUGUGCACAUUUUAAAGUAAUUAAUUAAUUAAUAAUUAAUUAAAACCGAUCAGCUUGAAUCAGAGCUUGUAACAGCCAGACCCCUCUGAUUCCGGCUGUGGCAGCAUGGAUGGAUGAAGAGACAAGCUGGGGGAGGGGACCAGAAAUGCACCUCAUCGCAGCACCACCAGAGAAGCUGUCGAUCAGUUUGUUUUCUGACUUGAAAGAUAGGAAAUUGUUCAUCAUGGUGGUGGUGGUGGUGGUGAUGAUGGUGGUGAUGAUGAUGAUUAAAAGAAAGAAAAAUUUAUAUCAAAUGUUACACUCCUGGCCCACAGAAAGACCUCUCCUGAAUAGUGGUUGUCUAAGCCCACACACAGCCCUAGGUAAAGGAAUGCUAGCAUCUCCCUGUGUACUGGUUCAGGUUUCUCUCCGAACAGUGUCACUAUCCCCCCGUUGUCCCAGGCUGAGCCCUUCAUCUUCCAAGAGUCUGAUGCCAAGAACCCGUCUACAGUUUCACCUCCAGGAAAACCCGCUUGCUUCUCUUUUCUCACCUGGAGCCUGGCGUUGUUAACACCCUCAUGUCCGGCUGCGGGAAUUCACUCUGCAAAACAGAUGUAGAACGUCCCUGAAGGGUGCAUAGUUUGGGGCAAUUGCAGCUGCACCUCCCACCACAGGAAGAUGAGCAAGAAGUUAAAACCCCCCUGUGACCCAAGGCAAUUAAUCCCAAUUAUACAAGGUUUCUGUUUAACCUUGGUUUAGGAAUUGAAUUUGCUAUGAAUUAUCCCUUUAACUGAAACCCUCAGUUUUACUGUUUACAUGGUUAGAGAAACAGGGAUCUUUUUGAAUCUAAAAAUUUAAUACACAGCACGUGAUUUUUGAAGUUUACAUGUAAAGCCAUUUUGCAGUGUAGGGAGCAUAAUGUUUGUUGUGUUUUGAGAUAUGCGUCUUGCAGUUGUGUUUCUGAGUGAGUGUUCUGUUCAAAGUACUUAGUAGACAGUCUAUCACAUAAAACAGAAGGAUUCUCUUCCUCAAGAUGUGUAUUUAUCUGCCUUAUGGUUUUUUUUUUCCUAUAAAAAGAUUAAACCCAAAAUCUGGUUAUUGUAAGUUCAUUGCCCUAAACUGUGCUGAUGGUGUGUAACUGAGACUUAGAGAAAAAGAAAAAAAGGAAACCUUCCGGCAUCAAUUGUGUAUCUACCAACAUCCCUGCAUUCCUAGAAGGCCUCAAGUUACAGUCCUAGAUUUGCUCAGAGCACAUUACCAACAUACGGGCUGUGCUGCAGCCGUGCCUUUAAAAGCCCCGCCUAAAGUACAAGAUGGUUUCCGCAGGCAGUUUUAGAAAGGAAAAAAAAAUCCACCCUUCAAUAAUUACAAGUCAACAAGUCCCCUGCCAGGCUGCCUUCCCUGUCACUUUACUUUUGGCCUCUCCAGAUACAGCUGUGCCCCCCGUGUGUGGGCUGCCCUCACAGCCUCUGGAAGGCAGCAUCAACACCAUCUGACUCCUGUGUACUGACCCACCACAGGUUCCUUAGCUGAUGAUGUUAACUCCACUGUAACAUAGCUGUGCAAAUCUGCAUUUGAUGCAUUUAAAAUAAUCAAUGCUGUGUGAUUCGGUUUCUGGGCACUGUUACACGGCGUUGUGGUGUCCCGAUCCGUUUGAGUGUUCCAGAAGCUUCUACUGUUAACCUUUGAUCCCCAAACUUAUAAACCCAAAGGAAAAUGAAGGUACACAUUCAUGAUUUGAGUAACCAUUUCCUCUGUGGCCAAUCUGUAUGCUUUUAGAAGUUUAAAAAAAAAUGCUUUGGUCUUUGUCUGUAACCAUCUCUGUCAUCCAAAUAAGCCGUUUGGACAAGAGUGAGAACAGUGCUAACAGUGCGCUCUCGAGGCGUGAGCCGGGCUUUACGAAUAAAGCACUUUGAUGACUCUCUUA